UUCGUUUGUAAGACGGAAAAAAGACACGUGUGGUGGCGCUUGGCGUCCUAUUAAGGGUUUAGAAAAUAUAAAAGGCAUUACAAUGUAAUGUAUAAAUAAUAUAUUCGUAUAUACUUAAAUAAACGUAUAGAAUGAAUAUAUCAAAACGAACAUACUUGGGUGUUAAAACUCAAACGUAAUUAAUUUAUUAUGAAAUAUAAAAUAAUAUUAAGUAACCAUACGUUUACCAACGAUUAUAUUAUCAUUUAAAAACAACACAUCUCCACAAUAAGCCAUUAACAUAACGAGACGUACUUACACUAAAAAAUGCUCAUAACAUUUGGACGUAAAGAAAUAAUAAAGAUAAAAGAACAUUAUACGCAACACCAAUACAAAAAACAGCAUACAAUAUUUAUACCUAUACGCAUGCGCACCAAUAAAAUAUUCACUUAAAUGCCAAAAACUAUUUUUAAAACUUUACACAAAGGAAAAACAACAAUCGCACACAUGAACACAUGACCUAACGAAACACCUCCUUCGUGUAAAUAUUACCAAAAACCAAUGAUAACAUGCGAAAUACGACAUAAAAAUGUACGCAUAUGCGCACUGUACGACAUUCGGUCAAACAACCAGAAAUCAGUGCCAAAACCAUGAAGACUAGACUUCAUGGCUAAAACUAUGAGCGAAAAGAAUAAUAAGAUAGCACCUAACAUGCGAAACACCUUUAUCGUACCAACAUUACCAAAAAAACAACGACAAUGUGCAAAACCACAACAUGAAUGCGCGCGCGUGUGCAAUUCACACAACAAACGCGAACAAUCAAUUUUGACGUUACGUAACAACAAUAUAGUGGGGAUAAAACAAUAGCUUCCUUAUAUAAACCCAACGCACAGACAACAGAACACACGUGGGCACACCACAGCAAUCAACGUUCAUUCCACACACAGUGCUACUCACAACAAUCAUACGGUGCAACACGCUGAUCAACACACAUGACCACAUCGACGGCGCCCGCAGCGAGACCACACAACACCGACCAGUUUUUAUUAACUCGAAAUUAAUAUUUCUUCGUGAAGUUAACUUACUAUUGCGUUUGUUCUAACACCAGGUAUGAGUUCGCUUUUGAUAUAUUCACUUUACCGUACUACCAUGACAAUACUGUUAUUUCAAUUCUCUAUAUAAACCUAAUGAUCCUUCAAUAAUAUUAAGCUAUGUAGGGAAGAUAUCAAUGCAUCCACAUCCAAACGCUACGUUCUAAUUCACUAAGAUCUAAUCCAAAUUAUAAAUACCACGUAAAAUGCAUCUCAACCUAUAAAAAUCUCCACAAACUGUACGUCAAGCAGUGCUUGUCAACUCAUUGUCGCUCCUAGGCGUUGGGCUGCCAAAAUAUGUUUGCAGUUUAGAUCUCAAGCAAAGGACAGGAGAUAUUUAUGCAAUGUGCCGAUGUCUUUUCCUCUUAAGAGACUAGACCUAAAAUGUAUAAGUAACUGAAAUGCGUGUUAUAUGAAUAUUAAAUAAAAAUAAACAACAAAUUCCAAUUCAAGUGCUGCUUGAUGUAGGCGAAUAAAUACCAUAAUAAAAUAUUAUUAUCCAUGAUAUUAGCAAACAAAUAGUUGUAAAAUUAUAAAGACACACAUAUGUCACGAAAAUACAGUUUCCAAAUAACACAUAUUAUAAUAUAAAAAAUACUAAUCAAUAUUAUAAUUUAAAGCACUCCUAAUCUUUUCUUGCUGUCAAAUCCUUUCUGUCUUUAUAAAAUAUCGCAAAUACAAAGAGUCGACAGUGUGUAAUCAAAAUAUGAGCUUAUAACUGGUAUAGGAUAUUGUAAUCUAAGUCGUAAAAUAAUAGUAACGUGUAUCGACCCACACCAAUCAGAGAUGUAUCCAUUCCAACAUUCCAACGAGGAUCAACGAGUACUUUUCACAGCUAUACGAGAUGCACUCCGGGUAAUGCCGGUAAUAAUAUGCUCAGGGUAGACGACUGUGUGGUGUUAAGACGAGUAUCCAUGGGUGGUGGUGAAGAAAAUCCAGAGCCACCAACUGAAGUAGGAUGUCGUCGGACGAGCAAUGUACUUAAAAACGAACUUUUGUUACAUGAAGCUGUUAUAAAAAAUGACCCAGAUGCCGUAAAAAGAGUAAUCAAAGAACCAUUAGAUGUAAACUCCCGAAAUAAUUAUGGCAGAGCUCCUAUUCACUGGGCAUCUUCAAGAGGAAAUACUGAAAUAAUGGAGAUGCUAAUAAAUGCGAAGUGUGAUAUUGAAGCCAAAGACAAAUACGGGAUGCGUCCGAUAUUAAUGGCCGCAUGGCAUGGUCACACGGAUGCUGUCCAGAUGCUUAUCAACUACGGAGCGAGUGUGAACACAAUAAAUAAGAAACAAUACACGCUGCUGAUGUGCGCGGCGAGAAACAACCGUCUGUCGGUCGUCAACUUCCUGUUGGACACCAUCGAGGACGUCGGACUGGACGCGUUCGACACGGACCAUCAGACGGCACUGCAUCACGCGGCGAUCGCAGGUCACACGCACGUGGUCCGGAGGCUAGUUCACGCCGGAGCCAACACGAGCACCACGAACAAGCAAGGGCGAACACCACUGCAUUCCGCAUGCGAAAAGGGCCACGUCGACGUGGUCGACUUUUUACUCGGGCACGGCGCAGACAUGCUGGCGAAGGACGAAGAACAGAACAGCCCGCUGCACGUGGCCGUCGAAAACAAACAAACGCUCGUUGUGCAAAUGUUAUUGGAAGCGGGAAAUCCGACGAACUUGGAAAAUAGCAAAGGACUGACUGCGUUGCACAUAGCCAGCAGCCACGGAUGUCGGGGAAUAGUGGAAAUGCUAUUAUCAGCCGAUUGUGACAUCGACAGACAGAGCAAAAAUGGAAACACGCCUUUGCACAUGGCAUGUUUAUCCAACAACGUCGUGAUCGCGGAAAUACUGAUCGCCAAGGGUGCCGAUCUCAAUGCCUUAAACACGAGGUUGCAGUCGCCGAUUCACAUAGCGGCUGAACAGGGAUAUUCGGAAAUCUGUAAGUUACUUUUGAGUGCCGGGGCCAACAUCGAACAACGCGAACAGGGAGGCAAAACGCCGUUAUACAUAGCAGCUAGAGGAAGUUUCACCGCUAUCGUGGACAUGAUUAUAAAAACCGCUCGUUUAGAGUACACACCCAAGAAACGAACUAGACCGAAAACGCCCGAAGAACGGAGGAAAUGGAAGUGCAAUCCGGACUUGGACGUUUCAAUAGCGCUGCAAGAGACUGACGAAAAUCUAGAAAUUAUAUUACGAAAACUGUCCCACAAACAGUUGAGUCCCGGUGAAUGGAAAAAAUUGGCUCAUUUGUGGGCGUUCACGGACGAACAGAUCAAAGCGAUCGAACACCAGUAUAUAGGUCCGUCCAGUUACAAACAACACGGUUAUAGAGUGUUAAGAAUUUGGGUCGACAGUCUGGGCCCCGAUCUCGACCCCAUCGAAGAACUCAUCGAUAGUCUCAAUACGAUCGAAAAGAAUACGUUAGCAGAUGCAAUAUGCAAGAAGUUAAUGCGGCAGAAGGAAAAAAGUGAGAAAAAACCCGACGACAAAACCUGUGUCGUUUCUUGAACACACGUCACGUAUUUUUAUUGUUGUUGAUUUUUAUUCGUUGUAUUCGUUUUAUUUGUUUAUUUUCUCCCAAACGACCUUAUGAACAAUAAGUGUGUACCCGCAAAAGUUUUUAAAUUGCUCGACGUUUAUAAUAUUUCGGCUCGGGUAUUAUAUUAUAUUAUAUUUACAUGUUAUAAUAUUAUUAUAUUGUUCACUUGAUUGUAUAGUGUUAUCUCGCGACUUUUGGUUUAACUGAUAAUAUUACAUAAUAUUAUGAUAAGAAUAAUAUAAUACAAGCAUAUUAUGUGUCAUGAUUUACAACGAACUGGUGAAGAAACAUAUAAGUCAUUUUACCACACUAAUUCUAUCUGAAUAAUAACAUUACCGUUGUUGCAAUACUGUAUUAUAAUAAUUAUGGUAUUUAACGUUUUCAAAAAUACUUUUCAAACUUAUGUUGCUCAAUUAUUUUGUGCGAAAAACUAUUCUAUUUUCUGUAAUUAUGUUAACCAUCGCACCCCAAAUGUAUUUAUAUAAUAUGAUAUAUGCCAGUUAAAUAUGAAUAAUUCACGUCAAUGAACAGCUCCAACAUUCUGGUGGCAAGGAUGAUGUUUGCACUCGCGUCACCUGUUUGUUCGGGAAUUCUAUUGGCCUGCCACGAGAUAAAUAUUUGUGUUGAUAAUCGUGCACAACGAUUUUCUAGUUUCAACAGAAAACCAACGUUUAAUGAGACGAUGUCCAUGCUGUUAUGUAUUGUUAUGUAUUGUAUAAUAAUAUAGGUAGUUUUAAUUAUUCGCAUUGUGGUGAUGUAUACAGUGUGAAGAACGUCGCUUGCCGAAGAAUGACGAAGAAUAACGAAAAAUAAACGUAUUUAAACGAUUAUUUCGUUCAAAAUAAAUAUUAUGUUGACAUUAUUAUCGAUAGUGAAGCAUUGUAUUAUUUAAAUAAAAAAAAACUAACUUUAAAACAAAAACGGUGAUAAGCUAAUUUUUUGCAAAAAAAAAAACAAUAAAAUCGGACAAGAUCAUGAAAAAUGACAAGUGUUAUCUUUUUGUCGUAUACAAUUUUGGCGGUGUUGUGAACUUUAAUACAAUUGCCUCUUCGAAUCUAUAGUAUACGCUACCGUCAUUGCACUGUGCACACCACGUCAAACGUUUCUUUUUAAAUGCAAACGACCGAUUAGAUUCUUAUUUUUUCAAUACUUCCGAAUGAAUGGGAAAUUCUUAAUAGGUUUAAUGAAAAGCCCUGUUAAUUAUUUUUUUUGUAGAUUUCAUUCAGUGUAUACUAUUAUCAGUAGUGUAAUUACAUGGGGGGGGGGGAUUUGGGUGUUGUAUACAUAGACCUUAUAAGUAUAAGUAUGGUUAUAUCCCAGCAUUAUGUUAGAUUAGGUUAACCUAGAUGAGGGGUUGCAUCGGUUAGAAAUAAUUAAACGCUGAUGUAGCAAUCUUUUAUUUAUAUUAAAAAUAAAAAUUAAUACGUAACCAUAAUGAAAAAAAUACAAAACUAAUAAUAUAGUAUAAUAUACAUAAACUAUGAAUAAUGAAAUAAAAAAUAUAAAUUAAGAUUGUUUUAUAUUCAAAAGUUAUUUUAUUAUAAGGAACAGGGGGGGGGGGGGUCUUGAGGUGACUAAUUUUAUUUUCACCUAUUUUUGGGGUCACGGUGUAGUAGGACAAGUAAACCAUUAUCCCCCUAUGACUUAUUUUUAAAACUGGAAAACCAUAUUUAUGGUACUUAUUUAAUUAUAAAUAUUAUUAUUUAUACUUAUAAGCUACUAUAGUAAAUACUAUAUAAAAACCCGACUCCCCUAUGCUUGCUGUACGCAUAACUAAGAUUUUUUGGUAAUUUUUUUUGGAAACCUGUGUAUUUCAUCGAGUUAAGUACAAUGAUGCAAUCUGAACUUGUCGGUUGGACUUAGAUUCGAAAUUAUAACUAAUAACCUUUUAAAGUUAUUUAGAGUAAUUUAUUAUAUUUUACGAAUCUACCUAACUCUUAAAAGUAUGUAAUUAUUUAUGAUGCAUUUAUACAUGUAGUUACAAAAUACAGAUCACAAUGGUUGUACUGGGAGGUGCUUAUGAUAAAAACAAAUUUUUUUUUUGGUUGUUAGUAGGUGGAAAAUGUUCCAACCCCCUACUAAUUGCGUAGCUUGCCCACCCCUGAUUCUUUAUCAGAAAAUAUAUACCUAAACAAAAACUUCUUUCAUACUCUGAUUGGUUUUGACUUGUCACAUUUCGAUUCAUGUUUAAUAAAUUAUACGUAAUAUGGCAACAUUGCACGUAAUAUCAUACUAAAUCGUAAUUGUUUUUUGGGCCAGUGGUUAGUGUUUUGUGAAAUUUAAAUUUUCAAGUGUGCUCAGUCGUCCGACCGAAAAGCUAAAACGUGCUCAAUCGUUGGAUGAUAUUACCACAUGUGGUGUUUUGCUAUCGUGCACAGCUUUUAUGUACACUAUAGGUACACUAUAAAUGAUUAUAGCAUACAACAGCAGUUUUCUAUCUAUACCAACAUAAUAUUCAAAAUAAAAUAAAAUGUAAAAUAAAUAAUGAAAAGCUUUUCUUUUUUUUUUACCAAAUCGAUCAACUAGCUAUCAAACUACCUAAGGUACAUAGUAUAAUAAUAAUAUGCUUACGGGCAUUUCACUGCGGUGAAGGUCAAAAACGAUUUAUCACUAAAUCGAUUCGUAUUGGGGACGUCAUAAUAAUAAUAAUAAAAACAAUUACAAUAUGUACAUAUAAUUCCGGUAACGCGAAACGUGCACGCAUAAUAUAAUUAUAAUAUUGCAUAAUAUAGGUACCUCUAGUUAUGACACGGUCGAAUUAAAAUCAAUAGCGUAAUCAUACGUAUUUUACAUAAUAUUUAUUAAUUUAUAAUGAUAUAGGUACACGUCUUUUCGAUCAUGACCGGCGUAUACUUUAUCACAGUUGUGGGCCACUAAUCUUAAUUUUGGGAGCCUCAAAUGUAUGGAGCUAACAUUGUUAAUAUAUGUUUAUAAAAUGGAUUAUAAAAUGAAGACACAUUUUUCAUUUUAUAACAAACGAAGGAACAUUUAUUUAUAUUAAUAGAAAUAACUUAGAGUCGCACAAAAUCGCCCAAGAGCCACAUGCGGUUCGCGGAUCUUCGUUAUGGCCACCCCUGCUUUAUCAUAAUAACAAUAUUACCUAGAUAUAUAAUAGUUAUGACUAUAAGUGCAACUAGGGUUACAAUUUUUGGGACUACAGCCCACAUAAUACAAUUAUUUAUUUAAAAUAACCCAUAGGGGCUUAUAUCUAAAUAAAUAAAGGACAUUUUUGGGAGGGAUCAAUCAUAGUCGGGGCUUAGAAAUUCACUCUAAUAUCAAAACUGACAGCACCCUAUUGAAACUAGGAAACGAGAAUUUGGUAUGUCGUAUGUGUGUAAGACGGAGACAACACAUGUGGGUGCGACGGCCUCUUAAAGUCUUUUGAGCCAAAAAUGGUGGCAGUAGCGAGGCGACUUAAAUUUGUUUUGGUUCAUUAUAAUUAUAAACGAGUCGUGUGAAUCCGUCGAAUUGGCGUUUAGGUACGUACAAAAUAAUGUAACCUGCAAAACCCUUUAGUGGCCUACCCAUAAACGAUCGUAGUUUAAUGAAAUUGAAAUGUCCUCACUCUUCACUUUAUAAUUCAAAUAAUAAAUUUGUAAUUAAUUUCAAUUUUUUUUUACCCACUCAAAAAGUGAAUCACAUUUAUUUUGUUAUCGUACAAUAGCCUUUAUUAUUAUUACUGUCAACACUCGGUUCACCUAUUUAUAUGUAGAUAUACUAUGUAUUAUUAUGCUAUUAUUAUAACGUAGUUCCAUUUUUAAAUAAACUAUUAUUUUAGACAUUUUAAUAUUAAAUAAAUAUAAUAUUUAUUAUUACAUUUCUCACGUAGACAUAGUAGGUACUUUAAAUAACUUCAUCGUAUUUUCUUAUUUUAAUUUUAUACUUACUUCAAUUGAAACACAAAAAAAAUAUUAGUUUAAACAAGAUUAUAUACUAGGUAUCUAAGAACAUAUAUCCAAACUAAUUUGACUAAUUAUUAUAUACUUUGCACGUAAAUAAAUAUAUACUUUUAACCCUUAUAAUUCCCGUAAACUCAAAACAGAAAACCAAGUUUUUAAUUUUUAUAAAUAUUGAAUUAUUCCUAUAAGCAAUACUUAUAAGUACUAAUAUUAAUCAUUAAAAAUAUUCCUAAAAUUGUAUAUACUUUAUUAAUUGCGGUGUUUUGUUUUAUGAAGUCCGAUGUUGUACAAUAUUACUUAACAUAACAAUUUUUACCAAUUCCAUUUCCAUUUCAAAUGAGAUUGUUAUUUCUUUGAAACAACAAUCUGUCUUUCCUUAAAAGUAUUUCAUUUUCUGGUUUCGGUAAGCAUGCAAAUAUUUUUGAAUUUUUAUUUAGGUAAGUACUUAACUUGAUCAAUUUAUUAAUCGUUAUGGGUUGUUGAAAUAGAUGUGAAAUUUACAUUUCAGGGUUUUUUAAUCGUUCUCACGUAUAUCAUAAUUAUUAUAAUAUUAUUUAGACUCAUCUUCCAUUUAUAUAUAAGUAUUUUGUAUAUUUUUUUUAUUAUUUAUUACAAUAAUUAAUUAUUAUUAUUAAUAUUUGUCGAAAUUUAUAGAAAUGUUUAUAUCUGUGUGUAGAAAAUUAUUUACUUGUAUAUGUAUAUAUGAAAAAUAUUCUUUAAACUAUAAAAAUUUGUUUUUCUUGUUUUAAGAUUAAGACUCAUUUAAUGUUUGAUAAAAUUUUACUUUUUUAUGUUAUCUGCAUUUUGUAUAAUAUUUUGUUUUCUAUGAAAAUUGUAGGCCUCGAUGACUGAGUCGAUUGGCUAUUCCGUUCUAUUUUGUAUACCUACUAUUGUAUUUCUUAUAUAUUCAAGCAAAAAUAUAAUAAUUUAAUUCUAUUUAUUAAUUGACAUUUAGACCUUCAGUAAUGAUUAUCAACAAUGAGUACACUCUUCGAGUGCCUUUCCGUGUCUAGAGUAUUUAUAAAAAAAGUUUAAUCAUUGUUUGUAUUAACUUUGAACUGGGUCACUUCAAAACACUGCAACGAAUUAAAACGGAUUUAAAUCCUUUUGCAGUAGGUACACUAAAGUGUAUACAUUCUCGCAGGUACUAUUAGUAUUGUCAUUAUUUUUUUUCUAUCUUUGAUUUAUGAUAUAUGACUUUCUAUUACGAACUUUGAAAACAGUAUACCUAAUAUUGUACGUAUAUAUCUACACCUAUUAUAAUAUUAGUAUAUGGACUAAUUUAUUUAUACAUAGGGCGUAGCGGAAAUAACAAACAUAGCCUUAAUAUUAUUGAAAAAUGUAAUAGUUGUUAAAAUUAAAAUACAUACCUAAUAAUAACAUGGUGAAAUUUUGUUAACAAUGUUUUGCAAUAUUAGGUGUACAAUGCACAACUACAAAUAUUGGCCUAUGUAAUUAUUGUUCGAUGGCUUAAUAACUCGUGCAUAACAACGAGUGAACAAAUUAUGUACCCCAACAGCCAUUUAUGCGUAUUUAAAACUGGAAAUGUAUGAUGCGAUUACAAUUUAUUAUAUGGCAAUAUCUUAUAUUUAACACCCGUCAUUAUUAUGUAAUUCUAUAUAUUAUUCUAAAUAUUAUUGUUAUAAAUAUUUCUGUGCAUUAAAAACACGCUGUAAUAAUAUGAUGGAAACUAUAUAUCAAUUAUAAUUUAAGCUUGUUUAUAAUAUACUUCUGAUGGUUUUGUGUACAAUACGGUGAAUACUGAAUAAUUAUAUUAUAUUAAAAUAUGAAAGUUAUAUUAUGAGAUAAAAUACUAGGUACCUAUACAUACUGUACACUUUAUUUAAACAGAUAUACCAAACACAAUUUGUUUAAUUGGAACUUUAUAAUGAUUAUGUGAUUCGAUUGAAUACGAUUUUUCCAUUCCUAUAAGGGACUUGCGAGUGUAAUUUAAAUUAUUUUCCGACAAAUAUCGUUGUCCGUUGAUAAUUAAAACAUUAUCUUAUAAUGCAAUAAUUGUUGUAUAAAUCAUUGUUUAAUAUUAAUAUAAUAUACUA